UUGAGGAAAAAGAGGACAUGGUAAAUAAACCUCCCCCAGUCCAUCUCACACCUCCCCUUCCAGUCUUCUGUCCUCUGGAUGAACUCUUUUUAAAUCACUCACUCUCAGUCUCUCUCAGCUGACACAGACUACCUCUCUCCAGCGGCGCUCACCAGAACAGACAACAACUUUGCUUCAUGGCGGCGAGUCUCACCGGAGACAGGAUCCAACCGGACUGUGAUCUAACCGGACGGGCGCGAUCUGCAGACGGAUUCACUAUGCUAGGGAAGAGAGGGAUAUUAGUGGUCCUGCUAUCGGUGUCUGUAGGGGUCUACCUCCUCCCCUCACCCAUAAACCCUCAGCCUUACAUAUUCAAGGGACCCCCUCCGCUCCUGGAGGGCCCGCUGGCUGUCAACACCAGACUACAGAACGGACGCAGGCUGUUCACUGGACAACUACAUGGACCAGAAUCCUUCACUGCGGACCAGGAGGGUAACGUGUACACAGGGACGGUGGAUGGGAAGCUGUGGAGGAUCCAUCAGGAGACUCUAACCCUCAUCACCCACAUGGGGCAGGACUUACAGGAGUGUGGUAGCAGGACAGACUAUGAGCCAGUCUGUGGUCGUCCUCAUGGUGUGCGGUUGGACAGUGGUGGUCAGCUGAUCGUAGCGGACUCCUACUUUGGGCUGUUUUCUGUUGACCCCCAGACUGGACACAAGACCCUGCUACUGGACAGCAAGACAGGAGCUGACGGGGUUCCGUUUGCGUUCCUGAACGGGUUGGAGAUCUCCUCUCAGACUGGGAUCAUUUACUUUACGGACUCCUCCUCUCGCUGGGGACGACGACACGUCAAACUAGAGGUGAUAGAGACCAACGCUCUGGGUCGUCUCCUGACCUUUGACCCCGUGUCAGGGCGUGUGGGUGUCCUACUGGAUGGUCUCUACAUGCCCAAUGGCAUCGCCCUGUCACCUGACGAGAGCUUCCUGCUGCUGGCCGAGACCAGCAUCGGGUGUAUCCUCAGGUACUGGCUGAAAGGCCCCAAGGCUGGCACCAAGGAGGUCAUCAUGAACAAUAUGCCCGGUUACCCUGACAACAUCCGCCUUAGCGACCGUGGAACCUUCCUGGUUGGUCUAACGACCACACGCUUCAGGAAGCUCAUGCCUCCAUUCCUGGACCUGAUUGGUCCGUACCCAGCGGUCAAACGCUUUCUGGCUAAGGUGGUUCCUCUGAGCUGGUACAACAUGCUGUUGCCUAGAUACGGCCUGGUGUUGGAGUUGGACGGGGAAGGGGAGGUGCUGGGGAGUCUCCAUGACCCUACAGGCAGCCUGACCUGGGCCGUCAGCGACGUGUUCUCCCACCAGGGGAGACUCUACCUGGGUAGCACCGACCUGCCCUUCCUUCCUGUCCUGGAGGACUGGAUCUAACCACUAACUUCUGCUGCAGGCCUCUCAUACUAGGCCUGGGGGUGGCUGGGGGGGAGGGGGAGGGUUAAAGUUAACUGACUGUGAUGUGUCCAGAGACUGUGAUGUGUCCAGAGACUGCUGCAGAGAUCCUCAGACACUUGGUCCUGGCUCUACUGCCAAUCACAACCAGGUGUCCUUUUCACUCCAUACGGACAGAUUCCUGUUGAUCUGGGAUAUUUUUAUUACAGAUCAUUUGGUUCCACAGUGCACUGAUUGACCAGGAGACUGUUAAACUGAAUAUGUCUUCAGUUAGUUCAUAUGUGAUUCCACAGUGCCGCCUCAGACCCAUACAGGGGCCAGAUGCUGUUGUAACUAGCCAUGCUGUUGUAGGGGUCUGUCUAACCCAGCUGUAGUUAGUAGUGGUCAGUGUCUCCUCAGACCCAUACAGGGGCCAGAUUCUGUUGUAGGGGUCUGUCUAACCCAGCUGUAGUUAGUGGUCAGUGUCUCCUCAGACCCAUACAGGGGCCAGAUUCUGUUGUAGGAGUCUGUCUAACCCAGCUGUAGUUAGUGGUCAGUGUCUCCUCAGACCCAUACAGGGGCCAGAUUCUGUUGUAGGGGUCUGUCUAACCCAGCUGUAGUUAGUAGUGGUCAGUGUCUCCUCAGACCCAUACAGGGGCCAGAUUCUGUUGUAGGGGUCUGUCUAACCCAGCUGUAGUUAGUAGUGGUCAGUGUCUCCUCAGACCCAUUCAGAGGAAGGAAUGUUAUUGGCCCAUCAGACGACAGGGAAGGAUGUUUUUAAUGAUCAUAACAUGGUUAUAUCUUGCCGUAACUAAUCUGAAAUACAAUUUAACAUCAAUAAUAUCACGUUACUGUUCUGUGGACUCAUAAAGCAUCUCUAUAAUAGUCUGUAAUACUGUUCUGUGGACUCAUAAAUCAUCUCUAUAAUAGUCUGUAAUACUGUUCUAAUAUCGGACUCCGCUGAUCUGAAGACAGUCAAUGGUGUCACCUGUCACUGAUUUUAGAGAGCUGCAUAAUGUUCUGACUGGUUUCUCUGUCUAAAGAUGAUUUUAGAGAGCUGCAUAAUGUUCUGACUGGUUUCUCUGUCUAAAGAUGAUUUUAGAGAGCUGCAUAAUGUUCUGAUCUGUCUAAAGAUGCAUCUGACGACCUCCAGAGGGGGGCAGGAUGAUCUGAUCUGUCUAAAGACGCAUCUGACGACCUCCAGAGGGGGGCAGGAUGAUCUGACUGUCUUCACCGGGUCUAAAAAUGUGGACAAGAUCAGGACAAAGGAUGCAAGUUAGAACCAGGUAUAAACAGGGCUAGGAGCUCUUCCUCAUGAUUUCCUGCUCUGACAGGUUCUCCACUAGGACCAGUAGAGACACAGAACAGCAGUGGUCUGACAGGUUCUCCACUAGGACCAGUAGAGACACAGAACAGCAGUGGUCCUCUCCUCCAACCCUGCUCUGACAGGUUCUCCACUAGGACCAGUAGAGACACAGAACAGCAGUGGUCCUCUCCUCCAACCCUGCUCUGACAGGUUCUCCACUAGGACCAGUAGAGACACAGAACAGCAGAGGUCCUCUCCUCCAACCCUGCUCUGACAGGUUCUCCACUGCCUACCCCCUCUAUUCAAUCUCCAGCUGCCUACCCCCUCUAUUCAACCUCCAGCUGCCUACCCCCUCUAUUCAACCUCCAGCUGAGUACCCCCUCUAUUCAACCUCCAGCUGAGUACCCCCUCUAUUCAACCUGAAUUCGUCACAACCCGACUCGUGGGAAGUGAGAAAAGAGCUCUUAUCAGACCAGGGCACAAAUAAUAAUAAUCAAUUUAACUCUUUAUUUAACCAUCUUACAUAUAAAACCCUAUUUGUUCAUUGAAAAUGGUGAAUAGCUCACCACAUAUUAAUGUUGGGUUGUAUUGGAGAGUCUGUCUUAAAUCAUUUUCCACACACAGUCUGUGUCUCUAUUUAGUUUUCAUGCUAAUGAGGGCCGAGAAUCCACUC